UAGUGCUAGUAAAACUCUUACUAAUCUAAGUGAAUUCAUGACAUAAUUCAUGACACAGCAGCAUAAACUAAUUAAUAUUCCACGUCAUCCACUUGUGGCAUAACAAUCACAGCGCCGCGGCACAGCUUCCAGACUAUAAAGCCCUCCAUCAGCUUCCCAUUCAUAUCCUCUCCUUCUUCCUCUCUCCAAAUCAUGUCGCUUUCCACUACAUAUCAAGUUCUGUCUAUCUUCUAUCAUGCUCAUGGUCAUCUUGUGACUCUCCCAGCAACCGCUAUAAACUUUUCACACUUAAAAACGAACUAGGAUUCGUUCAGAAAUCGACAACAACAUUACUCUUUAUCGCUUAGGCGGGGAACAUAUGGAAGAGUACCCAUGUAUCAUCUGCCUGCUGGGGCUCCCCACAGAGGAAGAUCCCAGGCUCAAGCACGAGCUCGAUGACAGUGCCGCUCCUGAUGCGGUGUCGGACAGCAAAACAAAUCAGCCCGAGGGCUCUGCCGAGUCGGCGGACGAGUUGACGACUUAUGACGGUACGAACGAUAUCGCGCGUCUUGUACCUUGCGGCCACCUCCUCCACAACUCGUGUAUAAAGAUGUGGAUCGAACAGGCAACCAGCUGUCCCACCUGUCGCGCGAAUUUUAAUGUGAUCGAGAUCCUCCAUACGAUCUCAGGACCUACAAUGGACUCAUACGCCGUGGAGACAAAAGUUCAAACCGUCGAUGCCGACGAAGCCUUUGACGAGUCCUUGCUCGAUUUCGAAGACGACUCCGCCCCUUGUCUCUGCCUUGUUUGCGACUUUGGCGGCCGCGAGGACGAACUUCUCUUGUGCGACUCGUGUGAUGCUCCCUACCAUGCUAGCUGUCUGGGGAUGGACGGCGUGCCUGCAGAAGCGUGGUAUUGUCCUUCGUGCGUCGACAAUCACGCUGUCACCGAUACAGUCAUGCGCGAGGCAAACACGAGAUCGGCCAGAGCGUCGCGUCGCGCGCGUGCCAGUCGUGCUGCGCGAACAAUCCGCACGCCGUCUCGACGCGCAGGGUCUGCUCGCGGCGGUGCGUCGACCACAGUCAGAAGCAGUCGGCAAUGGGAUCGCGCAUGGCAGCUUGUCUGGGAUCGUCUAAAUCGCGAUCUAGAUGAACCCCAAGACGCUGCGGCUGACCAAGAAGUAGAAGCCACCAGCUCGCGGUCUAGACGCUCGAGACGUGGAGAUAAUCGUUCGCGCCAGCAAAGAGAAGCAGAUGAGUGGCGAGUAUGGAGUCUGCGGCUUCGCAUAGCGGAGGCAAACGGUGGGUCGUCAUACUUUCGAAGCACGGCGUCUUUGUUUUUCAAUUCUGGCGCGGAUGACGAGAAAGAGUCUCCGGAGAUGAUUGAGUCCUGGAGCAUGCUCGAGCAAGCUCUCGAUCUUGAGGAGUCUGCGAACCCCGCUGCUUCACCGUCAGACGGGAUGCGUCACCGGCCAUCGCGGACGUUUGCGGACUGGCAUUGCAAACGUGGAUCUACGGCCUCUGAUCAAACAGUCAAGUCCGAGUCUCCUGACGCAUCGAGGAAGUUCAAGCGGCCUAGAGUGUCGAAUCGACGGAGCGAGCAGGGUUCCGAGAGCGAGGGUAAACCCUUGAGUAUCGCCCCUGUCGCUCCUACUCCGGCUGCGGUGGCCUCAGUGCCGGUGUCUAGCGACGGACAAUCCUUGAUGAAGUCUUUGUUGCAAGAUAUUCGAAAGCCUCCUUCGCCUUCGUCGGAGAGCCAUCCGGUCGGAUUGGUCAGUAAUGGCCGUCUACCGACUGGAGAAACGAUGCUACCCACGCCACGGUCUAUGUCCCCUCCGCCUCCUUUUGUUAGUCCGGUGUCGACACCUCGUAACAUUUUCCGGUCACCGUCAGGGUCACCUGUGCUUGCGCCAUCUCUGGGUUCGAUACCUUCGCCUCCUGCUGAGCAGAAGUCGCCGGUGCUAGCACCUUCUAUGUCACCGGUUCAUCAUAGCCGGUCUUCGCCUAGCCGAAUGACACUGGCGCCGGAAACCACUGUCGUGUCUUCUCCCGCAGUCGCGAUGAAUGCGACUGCGUCGUCUCCUUCAGGGCAAGCAGGGUCACAGCUGACGCUCGAAGAGAAAACACAGAUCCAAGAGAUUGUGCGGGACGUGUUACGGCCGCACUACAAAUCGGGAGAUAUCACGAAAGAUCAAUACACAGACAUCAACAAGAGAGUCAGCCAUGUGCUCUACGCUCUUAUAAUCCGCGACCGCGACGUCGGUCUGCACGAACAAGUGAGCGAGGGGUUGGAAGAGCGGAAGCAGGUGUGGAUAAAUGUUGCGAAAGCGAAUGUGGAGAGCGAAGUUGUAAAGAAUAAGGCGGGCUAAGAUAGGAUUGUACAGCUGGGUUGUUUUUUAUCUGGGUUAUGUAGGGUCUUUGUUGCAUUGCAUUGCGUGUAUAUGAGUUGGUCUUGCUUGGUG